AUGGCUCUCCCAAUCAGCAGCCCAUCCCCACGCCUAGACCGUUUCGAGCAAGCCAUGGAAUCACUAUAUGACAGCUUCACCAGCAUAAUAGAGCCUGCCGAUUGGAAUCCGCCACCAAGGUCGGGCGGCCACCGAGGACGAUACCUGUGGACAGACGCGUUCGGCGUGAUCAACUUGUUGACAAUGCACAGCCAAUACAAAAUAUCCACGAAACCAGAAGACUGGGAUAAACGAUAUCUAAUACUCGCAGAGCGUCUGGUUCAUACCGUGCAUAAUGUGCUAGGUAGAACCCGCGAUGGGGAUUCCAGGCUGCCGGGGGCAACAGAUACGAACCCGCUGGGUGGUGGGUUGAGAAUCGGCAAGACGGAUGAUCAUGGUCCAGAUGCAGAUGGGCAAUAUCACCAUUACCUGACUUUGUGGAUGUUUGCGCUGAAUCGGAUGGCCAGGGCGUCUGGGAAUAUGGAAUAUAACAGACAAGCUGUGCAACUGGCGAAAGCUGUCCAUCCGAAGUUCUUUAUUGAUCGUACCACAGCUCGGCCAAGGAUGGUGUGGAAGAUGGAUAUUGAUUUGACCAAGGCACUGGUUGCAUCAGAAGGGAAUCUGGAUCCUAUAGAUGGAUAUGUGGUCUUUCGCCUAUUGCAGGCUUCGGCCGUGGAAGCAGGUGAUGGCGAGGUCUUGGCCGAAGAGAUCUCCGAUUACAGACGUGUGAUGAAUCGGAAAGGGGAGCACUAUGUUUCUAGUGACCCGUUGGAUUUGGGAAUGACCUUGUGGACAACUCAUUGGUUUUCCGAGCGAGAAGCUUGGGCUGCUGAAUUAUCCAAAAGAUGCUUUGAACAAACGUACAAUCUAUUCGAAGUCAACCACUACCUGGAGCGGAAUAUUAAAUUUCGCUUGGCUUUUCGUGAAUUCGGUACCUGCAUGGGCAUAGAGUGCCAGGCUAAACAGGCCAAAGAGAAAGAGCUCGCCGUUGACCUGAAGACAUUCUCUGCUGCUAUUAUUGCUGCUUGGGACCCAUAUAUGGAGCUCACCAUCGCUGAUGACCUGACACCGGAGGACCUGAGGCCUAUCACUCGGGUGAUGUACGCAGCUGCCUUGAUUCCGGGAGCGUUUCAAAGUGGUUUCUUGGGCCCCGAAGCCGAGCCAGUACCCGAGAAGUGA